AUGACUGUUCAAAAAUACUUUACGCCAUCUAUCAAGGUUGAGACUGAUAAAUGUCGCUUCACGGAGACGGAAUUGACCACACAGUAUCGUUAUGUCAAUUCUCAUGUUUCCAAGAACGAAUCUAAUGGGUCAAUUGAAGUCAACUUGAGUGAACAGGAUUACGAGUUUAAGGUAGACUUGAGAUUGCCAAAACUAGGUGUUAUGUUGGUUGGGCUAGGUGGUAACAACGGUACCACGUUUGUUGCAUCUGUCUUGGCAAACAAGAAUAAGGUAAAAUUUCACACCAAGGAUGGUCUGAAAGAAGCAAAUUACUUCGGUUCUGUGACGCAGUCUUCUACGAUCAAGCUGGGGAUUGACUCCGAGGGCAAUGACUUCUAUGUGCCAUUCAACUCUCUCGUGCCAUUUGUGUCGCCCAAUGACUUCGUUGUUGGUGGCUGGGAUAUCAACAAGGCUAAUCUUUCCGAUGCUAUGGCAAGGUCUCAGGUGCUGGAGUACGACCUGCAGCGUAGACUAGGCGAAGAGAUGUCCAAGAUGGUUCCAUUACCCUCUAUAUACUAUCCUGAUUUCAUUGCCGCUAAUCAGGAUGAGAGAGCUGACAAUUGUAUCAAUAGAGACCCCAAGACUGGCAAAGUCUCGACGGCAGGCAAAUGGUCCCACGUUGAGCAAAUCAGAUCAGAUAUUCAGAACUUCAAGCGUCAAAACGACCUGGACAAAGUGAUCGUGCUAUGGACGGCCAACACUGAGAGAUACGCUGAUAUCGUGUCUGGUGUCAACGACACGGCUGAUAACUUGUUGGCGGCCAUUAAGGGUGACCACGAGGAGAUCGCUCCAUCUACCAUUUUCGCGGUUGCCUCCAUUCUGGAGGGUGUCCCUUACAUUAACGGUUCUCCACAGAACACUUUUGUUCCAGGUGUCGUCGAUUUGGCUGAGAAGAGCGGCUCCUUGAUUGCUGGUGACGACUUCAAGAGUGGUCAAACCAAGAUCAAGUCUGUUCUUGCCCAAUUCUUGGUGGACGCUGGUAUCAAGCCUGUCUCUAUCGCAUCUUAUAAUCACCUGGGUAAUAACGACGGUUUCAACUUGAGUUCUGAGAGACAGUUCAGAUCCAAAGAGAUUUCAAAGAAGUCUGUUGUCGAUGACGUUAUUGCCUCUAAUCAGAUCCUGUACAAUGAGAAACUUGGUAAUAAAGUGGACCACUGUAUCGUGAUUAAAUACAUGAAUGCUGUCGGCGAUUCCAAAGUGGCCAUGGAUGAAUAUUACUCCGAGUUGAUGCUUGGUGGUCACAAUAGAAUUUCGAUCCAUAACGUUUGUGAGGACUCAUUGCUGGCAACGCCCCUGAUCAUUGAUUUAAUUGUCAUGGCCGAAUUCUGUUCAAGAGUGACAUACAAGAAGCUAAACGCUGGCGAACAAUCCUACGAGAGUUUCUACUCAAUUUUGGCCUUCUUGGGUUACUGGUUAAAAGCGCCUUUGACCAGGAAGGGAUUCAAGACUAUCAAUGGCCUCAACAAGCAGCGCCAAGGUCUAGAGAGCUUCCUCCGUUUGUUGAUCGGUUUGCCUGCGCUCGAUGAGCUACGUUUUGAAGAGAGAUUAAAGUAG